GAGGAGUCCGCGGCCGGCGGCGGGGAGGAUGGCGACGAGGAGCGGGAGCGGGCUCGCUUGUUCGCCCACUGGGAAGCCGUGGCCAACACGCACCGAGUAAGCCUGCCCCGAGUGUGAGGAAGCAGCCUACGAGGAGCGGCGGUACCCAGCUGGGAAGUGGGCAUGUGUCACCAAGGGGGAGCCCAUGUAUGAGCAGAGCAUCUCCAUGAGCUUCAUGAAGCUCAUGCGCUACAUCUGCCAGGACAACUCUGUAGGUUGCUAUCUGGGCAUGACAGUCCCAGUGCUCAACGAAAUCCACCUGACCAAGGAAGGGACUGGGCUGGAGCGUGAGGUCAUAACCGCCUAUUACCUUCCGGGACAGUUCCAGCAAAACCCUCCUGUUCCCACAGACCCUGAGAUCCACAUCACUGAGAGGUCUCCCCUCCGGGUUAUAACCAGGGUUUUCUAUGGGGUGACCACUGAGGAGACAAUUCUGCGAGAGAUCAGUCUCUUCUGGGAGCUCCUGGGCUCCACAGACCGUGUGCUCCAGGGGACAUACAUCGUGGCUGCUUAUCAGAACCCCAGCGUCCCUCAGCGCCGCAACGAGAUCUGGUUCAUCUGCCGAGCAGAGUGAAUCUCCAUGCUCGCCCUGAACCCUCCUGCUCCUGGACCUGCUCUUCUGACCCAAAGGAGACAAAGGCACCUCUUGACCCACCACUAACCCACAAAAUGACAGACCAGGGUGCUGGGGGGUGGGCUUGCACUCCACCUUGCGAUAGCCCGGGCAGGGGAAAGCCUGACUGCUCUGCACUUCGCUCACUGCUGUGUCUGAGGCUGAAGGUGGCACCAGGGAGAGCCUCUACAGCAGGCUUCUGGCGGGAGGCUCCUGUAAGGCAGUAACUGUGUGGGCUUGUGCAGCACGACCUGGGCUUUCCCUUAGCUCUGAGCUGGGCUUGCAGAGCUGUGCUAGGCGUGCUGGCUGGCCCUGUGUCUGCUGCAGAGUCGUGAGCUGGUAGUGGCUAGAAGGCAAAUGACUUGUGUAGGAGGUGUGGGGCUCUCUGUGGCCUCUGAGAAAGGCUGCCUGUCCCAAAUGGAGCCACUGAAAUGGCUGCUGCAGAGACAGUGGGGUUCAAAGGGCUCACCACAAGCAAGACAUCGAUCCUGAACAUCCCCUGCUAGGGUGGCUCUCUUUGGACUGUUGGGUGCCUCCCUGGCUGUCACCCACCACUCCUCAGCCAGGACUGGGAUGCUGGCAGCCUUUGCCCAUCAGUUGUGGGUGCUGUUUUGCAGAGCUGCUGCGAGCUGAGAGAGAAGGGUGGUGGCAGCAGCACCACAGGUGCCACUCUGCCUCGCAUUCCGCAUUGAUCAGCGAGCUUCACAUCCACGAAUCCUCUCCUGCUUUCCUGGGGGAAGCUGGCAGUGCCAACAGUAAAUAAAGCCAUGUCAAACCCCUGCAGCUGCAGAUCACUGAGGGGAGGGGAUGGGGCAUGCCCCGGUUGGCUUGGGAAGAGCCUUGUUCGCCUCAAGAUGGCUUCCAAGUCGCAAAGCUGUGGUUACUGAGAAGGGCUCUACUGUGU